AUGGUGCCGAAAGGACGUUCGUUUCGGCGGUCGAACCCCGUCACCCUCCUGCUCGCCGCCCUCUUGACCCUGGGCUUCCUCUUCUUCAUCCUCUCACCAUCACGAACCGGCAACACUACAUCUGCCGCCGCCGCAAAAGCGCAACACUUUAGCGCAGCUGAACACCCGCUUUCCCCGCCCACCUCGCCCUUUUUGAAACAGGCCUCCGUGCCAGAUGAUCAACGAGCACCUCCGCCUGUUGUCCAUUACAAAUUGGACAGCCUCACGACAUCAAGCGAUCCAGUGGGCAACCGCGAAACGGUGCACAUCCUGACACCACUUGCGAGAUUCUAUCAAGGAUAUUGGGAUAACAUUCUCAACUUGGAUUACCCUCACGAUCUCAUCUCCCUGGGCUUCAUCAUCCCCAAGACGCGCGAGGGCAACGCCGCGACCGCUGCGCUGCAGGCUGAGAUUGCAAAGACUCAAUCGGGACCAGAGAAGAAGCGGUUUGCCAGCAUCACCAUUCUGCGUCAGGACUUUGACCCGCCCUUGCAAUCUCAAGAUGAAUCCGAGAGACACAAGCUAGAGAACCAAAAGGCCCGCCGAGCAGCCAUGGCCCAGGCGCGCAACUCCCUCCUCUUCACCACCCUCGGCCCGUCCUCGGCCUGGAUUCUCUGGCUCGACUCGGACAUUGUCGAGACCCCGCCCACGCUCAUCCAGGACCUUGCCCGCCACGACAAACCCAUUAUCGUGCCCAAUUGCUACCAGCGAUACUACAACAAGGACAAGGGCGCCAUGGACGUGCGUCCAUAUGACUACAAUUCGUGGGUGGACAGCGGCACGGCGCAGAAUCUCGCCUCCAAAAUGGGCAAAGACGACAUCCUGCUCGAAGGGUACUCGGAAAUGGCAACCUACCGGACCCUAAUGGCCAAGCUCGCCGACCUGAAUGGCGACCCUUCGUCCAUUAUGUCUCUCGACGGUGUCGGUGGCACGGCCUUGCUGGUCAAAGCUGAGGUCCACCGUGAUGGCGCCAUGUUUCCCCCCUUUCCAUUCUAUCAUCUCAUUGAGACGGAAGGUUUUGCUCGCAUGGCCAAACGCCUGAAUUAUCAGAGCUAUGGCCUGCCUAAUUACUUUGUUUACCAUUACAACGAAUAG